AUGACUGCUCCGUUAUCCCAACCUACCGUGGCUGUCAAGGACACCUCUGCUACCAUCCGCAAGCGCAGAAGACGCGCCCCUGCUGGUGGUGCCGCAGACGACUGCUUCACAUGCUCGAAACGCGGUGUCAAAUGCGAUCGUCGUCGACCUUACUGCUCCCAAUGCCUUGAGAUUGGCAACGAGUGUUCGGGCUACAAGACUCAGCUUACAUGGGGUGUUGGUGUUGCCAGCCGUGGCAAGCUUCGUGGGCUGUCUUUGCCCAUUGCCAAGGCCCCUCCUGUCACUCGUGAGCCCAAGAAGUCGCCCGUCUCUCGAGCAAGGGCCCAUUCCAGCGCCGCUUCUUUGUCGACAAACAUGUCUCGAAGCCCAAUUGACAUUCCAUCAACCACGCAUACGGCUUCAACGCCGACUACUCCGGCUUACCAAGUCCCCGCGUACGACUACCUCUCCAUCGCACACCACAACCACACCCCGCCGAUGACACAGAGCGGCUGGGGAUAUUCUCCAGGCCUCGUGCACUCUCCGGAUGUGACACCGAGAUAUGCCAGGUACCCUCUUCAUUUGAGCACUGAUGCGCUUUCCUCCUCAUGCGAGUCGGUUGGCAGCGAGGUCGACUACCUUUCUCCUCUGAGCUCAUCUUAUGCUCGCGAGGAGAUCCCCUUCAGCCACAGCCCAAACGUCCUGUAUGACGGAUAUCCUGCACAGCACAGCUCUCCCAUUGCGCAGAGCCCUCCUACCGUGCUGGUCCUUGACCACUGCCGCGCCCCAACCUCAUAUCCUGGGCUCGUCUACGCCCCAUCAGAGCCUCACUCUGCCCUCAGCCAUCACAUGGAUCCUUUUGGGUCGCACCUGGGCCACAAACUUAUGCGGGGUUGUGAAAGCCUCAGUGUCUCUGAAGUCGAUGCGGGUACCGGUGGUGGCUCCACACCUCGAAUUGCACGAAAAGAAAUACAACAGCGGAGGCGCCAUAGUAGUGGCCAGGUGCAAUGGUUUGGGCAGGUUGGCUCCAAGACGGAUCUGUUGGCCAAGAUGCCGUUUUUCAUGGAUUACUUCAAGAUUACAAUGGCCCCAUCUAUGGUGUUUAUAGAUGGCCCUCACAACCCUUUUAGAGAACACGUUCUCCGCCUCGCUCUGCACAAUCCAAGUGUGCAGCAUGCGAUUUGUGCUUUAUCGGCUUGCAAUUUGCGAAUGAAGAGAAGAUUGAGCCUGGGAUACGGAACUCGAGAGCUGCUUACAACGCUAACACUGGAGAAGCAGGCCGCUGAGGCCACUCCAGGACCGGAGAUUGAGGAUCAAUCACUGUCUGAAGAGAUGCAGCACCGCAAUCUGGCUGUAGAUCUUCUGAAUCGGCAACUAAGCGACCCAACGAGAUCACAUCACGACUCAGUACUGGCAACGAUUCUUCUGCUGUGCCAUUAUCGAAUGGUCGAAUCGGGCGUGGCAAAGUUUCAUACCCAGUUUGUGGGUGUGCGCCAGAUUCUAGCCAUGAGAAGAUCCCGAGAACCAGCCUCAUCCAAGGACUCUUCAUGGAUGGAAACUCUCUUCACCUACCUCGACGCCAUUUCCGCCAGCAUCAAUGAGCGAGAAGCGCAGCUGGCGCCUGGUUUCGAGGGCGUAUCCCCUGAUGUACAAGAACUACCUGCAGGAUCCGAAAACAUGAUUGGAUGCGAUCGGAAACUUUUCAAAACAAUUGGCAAGCUGGGCCGCCUCAAUCUUUUGUCCCAGCAUCGGUCUGUGCAAGGCAUCAACGAAUCGACGCCAUCUGAACAGGACAGCGCGGGUGAGGCCUCAACCCCGACCCCACGCUUUGAUGGAAGUGGCUUCGGUACUACAAUCAAUGAUGACGAAAUGCUUGCUUCUGCAAUGUACUCCUCCAUAUCCUUUGAUGAGCGCCGAGUCCUCUUUUGGACCGAGUGGAGAGCGGCACGAAAAGAACUUCAAGAUUGGCAGUUUGACGCAUCUGCAUUGGCCAAAUCACUUCCAGGAUCACCAACUACAGGACAGGUCCGAGAUUUGGGAGCUGUCUCUGAGGCUUUCCGAUAUGCGGCCCUGCUCUACUCAGAGCGCCUUGCGAACCCACAGACAUCAUCUACGCAUGCCAACUUCCAGAAUCUUGUCAGCCAUGUUGUUCAUCACGCCACGAGCUUGGAGACUAGCAGCUCGGCAGAAAAGUUUCUACUAUGGCCACUGUUUAUUGCGGGGUCAGAGUGCAUCGUGGAGUCACAACAGAACGUUAUACGUGAAAAGUGCCGUGGUAUCAUGAGCCGAUCCGGCUACAUGAACAAUCUGGCAGCUCUUGACGUACUGGAAAAACUGUGGUCAGGGGAGAUUAAGAAUGACGCAAAGCUUGGCUACUACAACGCUAUGGGAACUGGCCGAGGCCCCUUCAACUGGACCAAGUGCCUUGGCGGACCAGGCGCCGGGGUUGAGUGGAUUAUGUUUUGA